AUGGAGGACCCUGUGGCGGUCACUGGGGUCAAUGGCGUAGCGAYAAAUGGCACCUCAACGGCGCCCGCUCCGUCUGUGGUCGACCCGCAGACAAUCAUCAGAUAUUUGUCAAGUGUGCUGGAGGUCACGUUGGGAGCGACCGAGGACGAGCUGAAAGGUCCGGGCAGCUUGUUACAUCCGUCAGCGCUGGAUGAUACGCUGUCGAGGUGUGUGCGAUUUGCGAUUGAGGGGCAAACGGGCCUCUACGUCCUCAAGCAGUCGCCUGCCCCUGCGUCUCAGCCGAAUGGGACAGCCAACGGAGACUCAGCGGAAGAACAAGACACAUACACCAUCAGCUCGGAAGUCUCGUAUUCCUCGAGGACGGUGGGAUGCGUGGCCUUCCUGAAGAGGCCAGCUUCGAUCUUGCCAGACGUUCCCAUUAGCAAACAAGUCUCUGUCGUGAACCUGUCGCUAGCYGGUGUACCUGGUUCAGCCGAUUCCGGAUCUACAGUGUCACCAUACGAAAGUCUUCAUGGCUUUGUGCGCGGUGCUCUCACCCCAUUUUUUGAAGCUGCAGCAAGAGGAGCAGCUUCGGUAGGAGACAGUCGACGUUCCGAUGGAGAGGCCCGGGCAGGAGUCUCUGGUGCAAGGAAGAAGCUGGCAGACUUGGAAAUCACAUUGCAAAAUCUCCAACAGAAUAUUGAAGUGGAGGCGCCUCGUCUGCAGAUCCACGAGGCGGUUCAGGCACAGUUGAGAGAUGCCAACGGCGACUGGCAGGCCGCCGCAAACCAGAUCCCCGAGAAUGUCGUCACAGACAGCACGAUGCUCAAUCGACUACAGAGCAUGGCCAAUGAUUGGAUCAAACAGAUUCGCGACUUUACGAGGAUUACGGACGACCGAGCAGUUGGUACUCCAUCCCAAGAGAAGAAUUUCUGGCUUGCCAUGGAGAGCGCAAUAGAAGGAAUAGAGGCACAGCUCAGCAGUGGUGGCGUGCUUCUGACAAUGAGGAUCUUGGAGAAGGCGAAGAGACAUGGUAUCACGGCGAGUUUCUCGUCCGACACAGGUCUGAAGGAGACCAAGGACGUUGUACAGCGAUACAAUUUGCUAUUUCAUGGCUUUCCGGUCGAGGAGCUCCUAUCAGCAACGUCAGUGGAAAAGCUGCGCGAGGCUUUGGACGACAUCUUCAACCACAUCAACAAGAAGAUGCGCAUUACCACCUACCCAGUGCGUAGAGCACUGCCACUAGUUGAGGGCAUCUCAGCAUUGGUAGACACUCGUCUGCACUAUCUUUUGCAUGGCCGAUCACUCAUGCAUCUGAAUUUCGACGAGUUCGAAAAGGUUAUUAACCAGGUCGGGCAAGUGUGGAUGUUCUGGGAUGCCAAUGUGAAGGAGUUUACAAAUGUUGCUCGAGACGUCACCCGGAGGAGGAACGACAAGUUCAUUCCGAUCAAAAUCAACAGGCGACAUGAUAAGACCCAGGACCGCCUCAGUUACAUUCACAAGUUUCGCACCGACCACGACCAACUGCAGAAGACCAUUGCAAAUGUUCUCGGACCCGAAGAUGAGUCUCUCGAUCUUACAGACGUCGCUACAGCUCCAGUGAUUGUCGAGGAGAUGGGCGAUGUCGAUGCUGCGGAAGAGAUUGACCAGGCCUACCUCGUAGUCAAGGAUGUCGACGUGCUUGACAUUUCAGAAGAAGGCGAGCGGGUAUGGAUGCAAGCUGAAGCUGCGUACAAUGAGCGCACUGCCCGUGUGGAGAACUCGAUCAUUGCCCGUUUGCGCGAUCGGCUCGCUGUAGCCAAGUCUGCCAACGAGAUGUUCCGCGUUUUCUCCAAGUUUAACGCGCUUUUCGUACGGCCGAAGAUCAAGGGCGCCAUUGCAGAAUAUCAGGUGCAGCUCAUGAACAACGUACGAGAGGACAUUGACAGCCUCCAGCAGCGCUUCACGCAUCAGUAUGGCCAAUCCGAAGCCCAUGGAAUGGCACAAUUGCAUGAUUUGCCACCCAUUUCGGGUGCUGUCAUCCGCGCUCGGCAGAUUGAGAGGCAGUUGAAUAGCUACCUCAGCAAGAUUGAAAACAUUCUUGGAUCCAAGUGGAAAGAUCACACUGAAGGCGCGCGGCUCUACAGUCUGGGAGAAGGCUUCCGAAAGAAGCUCGACACCAAGCCAAUCUUCGACGACUGGCUCCGAGACAUUGAUAGACGUCACCUGUCGAUUGCAGGCCGCCUGUUCGCCAUCACGCAAAAUCGGGCUCGCGGGAAUGUGCUUGAAAUCCAAGUAAACUUCGAUUCGCAAGUCAUCAUUCUCUUCAAGGAAGUGCGCAACCUCCUAUGGCUGCAAUUUAACGUACCGCAUGCAAUCACCAAUGUCUCAAAGGAGGCGCGAAGAGUGUACCCAUUCGCGGUCAGCUUAAUGGAKAGCCUCAACACAUAUGCGCAGACCAGUCGCUCGAUUGAGAACUUGACAGAGGUCACUUCGUUGCUCAGUGGAUAUCGAAACGACGUGCAGGGCUUCAUCGCCAAAGGUGCCGCAAUCCGGUGGGAGACGUUCGUUCUUGCUUACGACGUCCACGCGCGUCAAGUCGGCGAUGGUAGCUCGWGCGACGACAAGUUGCAUGUCCAAUUCGUUCGGAACCUGGGCAACUCAAUCGCAACCCUUCAGAACAAGACUACCACCCUUGUCACUAUACAGUCCACAGUGGAUGGCGCUCUCCGUGAGCUUCAGAGUUGCACAUUCACACCUGACGCGUUUCGUGGCCACCUUGAGACGCUACAGCGAGCAAUCGAUCAGCUCAACCUCGAGGCUUACACAAACAUCCCAUACUGGGUCAAGCAGACCAACAACAAGGUCGUUGAAUUGCUACACGCUCGGAUGCAGCAGGCGCUCAAAGAUUGGACCGAGGACUUUGAGCACGGGUAUGGGGCGGAGCAGAGUUCGUCCAAGGAGGCCGGCUCUCCCAAUAUUGGUAUCUUUGCGCAUGACAUUGUCAUGCAAAGCCAGGUCAUCCAGCUUGACCCACCGCUUGAGGAUGCCAAAGCUGGUUGGCUCGACAAUCUCCACACCUGGCUUGGGACAGUGUGCAGCCUCCCACGGCUCCAGGCUUCUCGUUUUGAGAACGCGCUGACAAUCGGCGCAAUCAACUCGACGACCACCUAUUCUGAGCUUCCAAUCAUGUGCAUGGACACGCUCACGGAACUCUACGAGCGCAUUGAGGCAAAGUUGGAUGUUGCACGAGAGUACGUCGACGAGUGGUUGCAGUUCCAAUCGCUCUGGGAUCUGCAAAUGCAGCAGAUCCAGGACGAUCUUGGCGAAGAGCUGGACUUGUGGCUGCAGCUCAUCCUGGAGAUUCGUCAAAAGCGGGAGACUUUCGACACAUCUGGUAUGCGUCGCUCGUUCGGCCACCUCGUCAUCAACUACGAACAAGUGCAGGCGAAGGUCAACUCCAAGUACGACCAAUGGCAACACGAUCUCCUGGCUCACUUCUCAGCCAUGUUCGCCACUCGACUUGUGGAUGUGUACACCGAACUGCAGCGCGCGAGAAAGGAUCUCGAAGGCCAGUCAAUGCAGGCGUCGUCCACGUCACAGGCAGUCUCCUUCAUCACUGUGGUACAGACAUGCAAGCGGCAAAUAAGAAUAUGGGAGCCCGAAAUGGACACUUUCCGGCAGGGACAGCAAACUCUCUCGCGUCUGAGAUUCCAAUAUCCAAAGGAUUGGCUUUACGUUGAACAAGUCGAUCACGAAUGGGCGGCUUUGGUCGAAGUAUUGGACAAGAAGAGUAGACAGAUUGCAGACCACACUGAGGGCCUCCGCACCAAGAUCACUGCCGAGGAUGGCGUUGUCUCUCGUCGUAUCGUAGAGAUGUCGGAUCGUUGGAGGGAAGAGCGACCUGAGUCAGGGUCUAUUCCCCCGGCCGACGCUGUCUCCGUUCUGGAGGGCUUCGACACCGAACUCACUCAACUUCAAGAGCAAGCGGAGAUGGUGUCCAAAGCCAAGGAAGCGCUUGAGCUUCCGGCAAGCCCUGACAACAUGCUUGUAGACCUCUUGACAGAAGUGCAGGAUUAUAAGUCUGUCUGGGCCAACCUCACCGUGGUCUGGGAGCAACUCAGCGACCUCAAGGAGCAGUCAUGGAACAGCGUACAGCCCCGCAAGCUUCGCCAAUCAAUCGAUACGCUCAUCAAGACCACCAAGGAGAUGCCCAGUCGUAUGCGAUCAUAUGCUGCAUUUGAGCAUCUACAGUCCGUUCUCCGCCAGCUGCUCAAAGUCAACCCACUUCUUACGGAGAUGCGGUCGGACGCCGUGCGAGAGCGGCAUUGGGUGAGAAUUUUCAAGAGUCUCCAGCCAUCCAAGCGUUACUCUGCGCUCUCCAUGACUCUCGGGGAUGUCUGGGAUCUGCAACUUGGGCCUAGCGAGAAUGUCAUUCGCGAUGUCAUCGCCCAGGCUCAAGGAGAAAUGGCGCUUGAGGAAUUCGUGCGGACGGUCCGUGAACAUUGGCAGAGCUAUUCCCUGGACCUGGUCAACUAUCAGCAGAAGUGCCGCUUGAUCCGAGGCUGGGACGACCUUUUCCAGAAGUGCAGCGACCACUUGAAUUCGCUACAGGCUAUGAGGCAUUCGCCUUACUACAAAGAAUUCGAAGAGGAAGCAUCAUCGUGGGAGGACAAACUCAACCGCAUUCACGUUCUAUUUGAUGUUUGGAUUGAUGUGCAGCGACAAUGGGUAUACCUAGAGGGUGUCUUCACUGGGAAUGCUGAUAUCAAGCACCUGCUUCCUGUUGAGUCCUCGCGGUUUGCCAACAUCAACAGCGAGUUCAUGAACGUGCUGAAGAAGGUCUACAGAUCGCCGCUCGUUCUGGAAGUCCUUACCAUUCCCGACGUGCAACGCUCACUUGAGCGACUGGCUGAUUUGCUCAACAAGAUCCAGAAAGCGCUCGGAGAAUAUCUUGAAAAGGAGCGUGUAGCAUUCCCCCGAUUCUACUUCGUCGGUGAUGAGGACCUGCUUGAAAUUAUUGGCAAUAGCAAUGACACGCUCCGAAUUGCCAAGCACCUGCGCAAAAUGUUCGCCGGUGUCUCCGGGCUCGUGCUCGACGACAAUUCGAUCAUCAAUGGUCUGACCUCGAGGGAGGGCGAGGAGAUCAUGCUUCGCACGCCCAUCUCACUGAUUGAAACUCCAAAGAUCAACGAUUGGCUUCGCGCCUUGGAGAAUGGCAUGCGAGAGACUCUGUCGGAGCUGUUGGUUGAUGCAGUUGCAGAGUACGAGACUAUGGAAGAAGAUGAUCAAAGCGCCUUUGAGGCCUAUAUUGAGAAGUACCCAGCACAGAUUGCCAUUCUAGCCACGCAAGCAUUCUGGACCUCGCGGGUGGGCGCCGCACUUCAGCAGGGAGGCGGUGCGUUACAGAAGCUUUUCGAAACUCAGGUCAACAAGCUGAAAUUCCUCGCCUCUUCCGUGCUUCGAGAGCUGGAGCCAAUUUACCGCAAGAAGUGCGAGCAUCUCAUCACCGAGUUUGUCCACCAGCGCGAUACCAUCGAGAAGCUACUCCAAGGCGGCGCAGAUUCGCCAGGGCACUACCUAUGGCUGCUGCAAAUGCGUUACGACUUCGACCCGAGCGCAGCUCCACUGGACAGAAUGCAGGUCCGGGUCGCAAAUGCGACGCUCGCAUACGGCUUCGAAUAUCUGGGUGUGCCCGAGCGACUUGUUCGCACUCCCCUCACCGACCGAUGUUUCCUCACCCUCAGUCAAGCGCUUUGCCAGCGCUUGGGUGGCUCUCCGUACGGUCCUGCAGGAACUGGUAAAACCGAAUCUGUCAAAGCUUUGGGCGUGCAACUUGGUCGAUUUACCUUGGUCUUCAACUGUGACGACACCUUUGACUUCCAGGCCAUGGGGCGCAUCUUUCUCGGUAUCUCACAGGUCGGUGCUUGGGGUUGUUUCGAUGAAUUCAACAGACUCGAGGAGCGUAUUCUUUCGGCUGUUUCGCAGCAGAUCCAGAACAUUCAAGUCGGUCUCCGCAAACGUGCCAUCGACCCCAGUGCACAGAUUGAUCUGGUUGGUCGCCAGCUGAAGGUGCAUCCGCUGACUGGCAUGUUCAUCACCAUGAACCCUGGCUAUGCUGGUCGUUCCAACCUGCCGGACAAUUUGAAGAAGCUGUUUCGCAGCGUGGCAAUGUCUAAGCCAGACAAGGAGAUCAUUGCUGAGGUCAUGUUGUUCUCUCAAGGUUUCUCAGAGGCGAAGACCUUGUCGCGGCAAACCGUCCCGUUCUUCGAUCAGUGUGCUGCUACUUUGUCGAAGCAGCCUCAUUACGACUUCGGUUUGCGUGCACUCAAGAGCGUGCUGGUCAGCUCGGGCGGGCUGAAGCGAGCGCGGAUUGCGGUUGGUGGUGCCAAGGCAGCUGUCGGCGCUGACUCUGUUGUCGAACCACAAAUCAUCGUCCAGAGCAUUCGUGAGACUAUCGCGCCAAAACUUGUGCGCGAAGAUGCAGAAUUGAUGGCGCAAGUUGAGGCGGAAGCUUUCCCGGGCGUGCAAUAUCUGCCAGCAUCCCUGGAGAAACUUCGCGCUGCUCUCGAGGAAGUCGUCGAGGAGCGCAAGCUGGUCGCGACAGACUCUUGGUUGACUAAAGUCCUUCAGCUAUACCAGAUUCAAAGCCUGCAUCAUGGUGUCAUGAUGGUCGGAAAUUCUGGGACUGGCAAAUCAACCGCCUGGCAGACUCUGCUCGCAGCUCUGCAGAAGGUCGACGGUAUUGAGGGUGUCUGCCACGUCAUCGAUCCAAAGGUGAUGUCAAAGGAGAGUCUUUACGGCACCUUGGACAGCACAACCCGAGAAUGGACCGAUGGUCUCUUCACCAGCAUCCUUCGCAAAGUCGUUGACAACCUGCGUGGUGAGGACAGCAAGCGCCAUUGGAUUAUUUUCGACGGAGACGUUGACCCCGAAUGGGUCGAGAAUUUGAACAGUGUGCUCGAUGAUAACAAACUGCUCACGCUGCCCAAUGGUGAGCGUCUCGGUCUGCCGUCAAACGUGCGAGUCAUGUUCGAAGUAGAGACGCUCAAGUAUGCCACGCUCGCCACUGUCAGUCGUUGUGGUAUGGUCUGGUUUAGCGACGACACUGUUGAUAUUGAUGUCAUGCUCUCGCGAUACCUGGCUCAACUCAGAACUGCCAACUUUGAGGAUCUGGAAGAGGACACCGGCACUGCUACCUCCACGGAAUCAAGGCUCGCCGUACAAGGCUUGAUGGCAGAAGUGCUCCACCAACGCCUGACUGAAAACAAUUUCGUGAAGAAGUCCAUGGAACACUGUACAAGUAUGCGCCACAUCAUGGAGUUCACAUCCAUCAGGGCCAUUGGCACUCUGUUCUCACUCCUUCGCAAAGCCUGUCGUUCGGUUUUGGAGUACAACAUCCAGCACACAGACUUCCCGUUGAACGACGACCAGAUUGAGGCCUAUCUGUCGAAGAAGGUCCUACUGGCCGCCGUAUGGUCAUUCACUGGAGAUUGUCCCUUGGCGGAUCGUAAAGUGUUUGGCGAUUAUCUGGUCGGCUUGGCUACGCUGGACAUGCCCGUUCUGACCGAGCAGUCAUCACUGAUUGACUACGAUGUGCUCCUUCCAGAGGCAAGCUGGUCGUCUUGGCAGAAUGAAGUUCCGACGAUUGAUGUCAACACUCAUUCGGUAACUCAGACCGACCUUGUCAUCCCGACAUUGGACACUGUAAGGCAUGAAGAUGUACUCUACUCGUUCCUUGCGGAGCACAAGCCGCUUUUGCUUUGCGGUCCCCCUGGUUCGGGUAAGACGAUGACGCUCUUCAGCGCCCUUCGCAAGCUGCCCAACAUGGAGGUAGUUGGCCUCAAUUUCUCCAGCGCUACGACUCCAGACCUCUUAGUGAAGACGCUCGAGCAAUAUUGUGACUACAAGAAGUCGCUGAGCGGAGUUACAAUGGCGCCUAAACAGAUUGGUCGCUGGCUUGUGGUCUUCUGCGAUGAGAUCAACUUGCCCGCCCCAGACAAAUAUGGUACUCAACGUGUCAUCUCGUUCCUGAGGCAAUUGGUUGAGCAUGGUGGCUUCUGGCGCACUACGAACAGAAGCUGGGUCAGCCUUGAGCGAAUACAAUUCGUGGGAGCCUGUAAUCCUCCUACCGACGCCGGUCGCACUCCUCUGGGCUUGCGUUUCCUGCGCCACGCCCCGCUAGUGAUGGUUGACUACCCUGGAGAGCUUUCAUUGAAGCAGAUUUACGGCACGUUCAACAAUGCCAUUCUCAAGAUUGUGCCGACUCUCAGAGGAUACGCCGAAGCUUUGACGCAGGCCAUGAUUCGGGUGUACAUGGAUUCUCAGAAGCGAUUCACUCCAGAAAUUCAGCCGCACUAUGUCUACUCCCCACGUGAACUCACCAGAUGGGUUCGAGCAAUCUACGAGGCCAUUAGACCUUUGGAAACCCUAACGCUCGAAGGACUUGUCCGCAUUUGGGCUCACGAAGCUCUGAGACUGUUCUCUGAUCGUCUCAUUGAUGAGGAAGAACGCCAGUGGACCGAAGAGACAGUCAACCGCGUGGCGAUUGAACACUUCCCCAACCUUGACCAAGAAAUGGCCCUGCAGCGUCCCAUUUUGUUCUCCAACUGGCUCUCGAAGAACUACGUGCCAGUGGAGCGGGAUCAAUUGCGCGACUUUGUGAAGGCUAGACUUCGCACAUUCUGCGAAGAAGAGCUCGAUGUUCCACUCAUUCUGUUCAACGAUGUGAUUGAACACGUCUUGCGCAUAGACCGGGUGUUCCGCCAGCCUCAGGGUCACUUGAUUCUUAUCGGUGUGAGUGGAAGCGGCAAGACCACGCUCUCACGAUUCGUGGCCUGGAUGAAUGGAUUGUCAGUGUUCCAGAUCAAGGUGCAUGGCAAAUACUCCGCGGAAGAUUUCGACGAGGAUCUACGAACUGUCCUUCGCAGAUGUGGCUGCAAGGGUGAGAAGAUCUGCUUCAUCAUGGACGAAUCAAACGUCCUUGACUCCGGAUUCCUGGAACGCAUGAACACACUGCUGGCCAACGGCGAGGUCCCAGGUCUCUUUGAGGGCGAUGAGUAUGCAACGCUGAUGACUGCGUGCAAAGAGGGAGCUCAGCGCCAGGGUCUUCUGCUCGACUCGCAGGAGGAGCUCUACAAGUGGUUCACACAGCAAAUCGUCCGCAACCUGCACGUUGUCUUCACCAUGAACCCGCCUACAGAGGGUCUCUCUUCCAAAGCAGCAACUAGUCCGGCUUUGUUCAACCGUUGCGUUCUUAAUUGGUUCGGCGACUGGUCUGAUCAAGCUCUUUACCAAGUUGCCUUCGAGCUCACUCAGUCGAUCGAUAUUGACAAGGGCAACUACAACGCGCCCGACAGCUUGCCCAUUGCAUUUGACCAGCUGGAAAUGCCGCUCUCUCACCGCGACGCCGUUGUCAAUGCCAUGGUCCACGUUCACCAUUCGCUUCGCACUUUUAACGAUCGCCUGAAGCGCCAGCAAAGUAAAACAACGUUCUUGACACCGAGACAAUUCCUGGACUUUGUCGCUCAGUUUGUCAAGCUUUUCAACGAAAAGCGAGACGAUCUUGAAGAGCAGCAGCGACAUCUCAACGUCGGUCUUGACAAGCUCCGCGAGACCGUAGAAAAGGUUUCUGAGUUGAAGAAGAGCUUGGCGGAGAAGAAGACGGAGCUUGAGAAGAAGGACGCAGAGGCGAGUGAAAAGCUUCAGCGGAUGGUUGCAGAUCAGCGCGAGGCCGAGCAGCGUCGUGCUACUUCGCUCGAGGUCCAGUCCGCAUUGGAGAAGCAAGAGAAAGAAGUCGCCACUCGAAGAGAGAUUGUUCUGAAUGACCUUGCCAAAGCCGAGCCUGCGGUUGAGGAAGCCCAGCGCAGUGUCAGCAACAUCAAGCGACAGCAUCUGACUGAAGUCAGAUCCAUGCAGAAUCCCCCCGCCGGUGUCAAGCUCGCACUGGAAUCCGUCUGUACGCUCUUGGGCCACAAAGCCAUCGACUGGAAGACCAUUGUCAGCAUUGUGCGUCGCGAUGAUUUUAUCGYGAGUAUUGUUAAUUACGACAACGAAAAACAGAUGACUCCGCAGUUGAGGAACAAGAUGACUGCAGAGUACCUGUCCAAGGACGAUUUCACCUUUGAACGUGUACAGCGCGCAAGCAAAGCGUGUGGUCCGCUUGUGCAGUGGGUGCAAGCUCAAGUCGAAUAUUCUGCGAUUCUCGAUCGUGUCGGACCUCUGCGCGACGAAGUCGACCAGCUCCAGGAGGAGGCUUUACAAACGAAAGCCGAGGCCAAGACGAUCGAGAACACUCUGAACGAACUGGAGGAGAGCAUCGCAACCUACAAGGCUGAAUACGCGUCUCUCAUCAGCCAGACUGAAGCAAUCAAGGCCGAGAUGACUCGCGUACAAUCAAAGGUUGACCGCAGCAUGCGCCUGUUGAACAGUCUGUCAUCUGAGCGCGGACGCUGGGAGGACACGAGUAAGACUUUCCAGGUGCAGAUGGAGACGAUUAUUGGUGACGUCUUUCUCGCCUCUGGGUUCCUGGCAUACGCUGGCCUGUACGAUCAACAAUACCGCCGUGCCAUGUUGGAAGACUGGUCACUUCAGCUGUCUUCUUCCGGCAUUGCCUACAAGUCGCAGAAUGCGCUCUCGGAGUAUCUGUCUACUGCAGAUGAGAGGCAACAGUGGCACGAGAAUUCACUCCCCGUCGACGAACUCUGUACCGAGAACGCAGUCAUGCUCAAGCGUUUCAACCGGUACCCGCUCAUCAUCGAUCCAUCCGGCCGUGUUACGGACUUCUUGCAGAAUGAGAGCAAAGAUCGCCGCCUUACCGUCACCAGCUUUCUGGACAGCUCUUUCGUCAAGCAAUUGGAGAGUGCUCUUCGAUUCGGCAACCCCAUUCUCAUUCAGGACGCUGAGCACAUCGAUCCGAUCUUGAACCACGUCCUCAACAAGGAGUACCAGCGAACUGGUGGGCGUGUUUUGAUUCAGCUUGGCAGGCAAGAGAUCGAUUUCUCUCCCGCUUUCAAACUCUACUUGUCGACUAAGGAUCCCUCGGCGCCAUUCGCGCCAGACGUUUGCAGCAGAACCACAUUUGUCAACUUUACCGUCACCCAGAGCAGUCUAAAAACUCAGACGCUCAACGAUGUGCUCAAAUCAGAGCGUCCAGACGUCGACGAGCGUCGCUCCAACCUUGUCAAGAUGCAGGGUGAAUUUACUCAGCGUCUGCGUCGCUUGGAGCGCAUGCUGCUACAAGCGCUCAACGAGUCUCGCGGGAACAUCCUCGACGACGAGAAUGUUAUCCAGACGCUCGAGACGUUGAAGAACGAAGCUGCAGAGAUCACAGCAAAAGCAUCCGAAACGGAGGGUGUCAUGAACGAGGUCAACACCAUCAUGAACACGUACGAGAUCAUCGCCCGCUCAUGCUCAGCUAUUUUUGCGGUGCUGGAGCAACUGUACCACGUGCACAACUUCUACCAAUUCUCUCUGCAGUACUUUGUCAACAUUUUUGAGUACGUGCUUCGCACCGCGCGAGAGUCUGGAGAGACCGAUCCCAAGAAGCGCAGCGAAUCGAUUGUGCGAUCGCUAUUUGGCAAGACCUACAAUGAAACGUCUGCUUCGCUACUGCAGAAGGACAGGCUCACGUUUGCUGUUCUUCUUGCACAAUCGGCACCGUUUCCGAUGGACAAGAGCUUCCUUGAUACACUCCUAGAUGACAAGGUAUCUGGCGGUGAUGUCAGCUCCACUCCGGGGCAGAAGGAGCAGGCUGUGGCCAUGGCAUCGCGCAUCAACGGCAUCAAGGACUUGGUAUCGAACACCGACUCGCCUGAGUGGGAGACGUUCUUCACCACCGAAGCAGCCGAGCUGUGCAUCCCUGCUGUCGCUCAAAUGGGCGGUAACGAAAACGACAAGGCGCUCAAGGAACUACUUCUCGUCAAGCUUUUCCGAAUCGAUCGUCUGGUACCGGCUACAGAGCGUUUCAUCACUGCGGUGUUCGGACAAUCAUUCCUUGACGUCGCAGAAGAUCUCGGUCGCAUUGCGAGCGACACUGCUGCAAGCUCUCCAAUUGCUCUUUGCUCGAGCCCCGGCUUUGAUGCCAGCUACAAGGUUGACCAACUCGUUGAGCGUGUAGGAGCCACCUCGACCAGCGUGGCGAUGGGCUCGAACGAGAGCUUGUCAAGUGCAGAUGUCGCCCUAGCCGGCGCCGCAGCCAACGGUUCAUGGGUUUUGAUCAAGAACGUCCAUCUCGCGACUGAGUGGCUACAGAAUCUCGUCAAGCGAAUCGACUCCCUCAAGCCACACAAGGACUUUCGCCUGUUCUUGUCAAUGGAGACCAGCCCGAAGAUUCCAUCGAGCUUGCUGCGGGCAUCGCGGGUGCUCAUGUAUGAGCAGCCGGCCGGCAUUCGGGCCAACAUGAGGGAUUCCCUCACAUCCUUGCCCGACAAGGCAGUUCAUCAACCGGUUGAGAAGGCACGUGUACACUUCUUGCUGUCCUUCCUGCACGCUGUCGUUCAGGAACGCUUACGCUACGCGCCUCGUCUGGGGUGGAAAGGCUUCUGGGAGUUCAACGACGCAGACUUCGAUUGCUCGGCGUUCAUCAUUCAGUGGUGGACUGACACCGUUGCACGUGGACGCUCCAACAUCGCACCGAAGAGCAUACCUUGGGAAAUGCUCCGAGCGUUGAUUUCAGAGAUGUACGCUGGCAAGAUCGACAACACCGACGACAUGGAGCAGCUCAAGACUCUCGUGAACAAGACUCUCACUGCUGACGCGUUUGAGGAGGGCUUCAAUCUCAUUGGAGAGGUGGCCGAGGAUUCCUCUGUCGGAGCACCUCUACCUGGCGGUACCGCCAAAUCUGUCUUCUUGCAGUGGGUGAAGGAAUUGCCAGAGCGUGAACCACCCACAUAUCUGGGACUGCCGGCCAACGCCGAGAAGCUCCUACUUGUUGCUCACGCGGAGGAGAUGUUGAAGAAUUUGAAGACUGUCAUGGGUGUGCUCGAUGAGGGUGAGCAUGUAAUGGCAGAGGCAGUGGAGGGGUAG